CAAGAUUGGAUCAAAAAUUCUCCACCAUCACCUUCCAUUCUUUUUCUCUCCUCUCGCCUAAACAUAAACCCACCAAAAACAAAAACAAAAACUUCAACUCUUUUUCUUUUCUUAGAUCAAAAUAGAGAGAGAGGGAGAGAUUUUGGGGGUUUAGAAAGUUUUUGUUCUUUUCCUUUUUUUUUUUGUUUUCUUUUGCAUAUUUACUAUUUGAUUAUGGGUAAUGUGACGUUUUGACCCCAAAAGAAAAAAAUAUGGGUAAUGUUACGUCAAACGUGGCGGCGAAGUUCGCUUUCUUCCCACCAACACCGGCUACGUACGGUGUAAGUAAAGACGAGGAGACCGGAAAGCUCAUGUUCACCGGAGUCACCCCAGAAAAAAGCAUGGAGGUUCACCAAGUUACCACCAAAUCCGGCAACAAAGUCGUCGCUACGUUUUGGAAACACCCAUUUGCAAGAUUUACUCUUCUUUAUUCCCAUGGCAAUGCUGCUGAUCUCGGCCAAAUGGUCGACCUCUUCAUCGAGCUCCGAUCUCAUCUCCGUGUCAACAUUAUGAGCUAUGACUAUUCAGGCUAUGGAGCUUCAACAGGCAAGCCGUCUGAGAGCAACACGUACCAUGAUAUCGAGGCUGUGUACAACUGUUUGAGGAGCGAGUACGAUAUUAAGCAAGAGGAGAUGAUUCUGUAUGGUCAGUCCGUUGGAAGCGGGCCAACGUUGUACUUGGCGUCUCGAUUGAAGAGACUAAGAGGGGUUGUUCUUCACAGCGCCAUUCUCUCUGGCAUUAGAGUCUUGUACCCUGUCAAAAUGACAUUCUGGUUCGACAUAUACAAAAACCUUGAUAGGAUACGUCAUGUCACAUCCCCUGUUCUUGUCAUACAUGGAACAAAAGAUGAUGUUGUGAACAUGUCACACGGGAAGCGGUUGUGGGAGCUUUCAAAGGACAAGUAUGAUCCAUUGUGGGUAAAAGGAGGAGGGCAUUGCAACUUGGAGACAUAUCCUGAGUACAUAAAGCACCUUCGCAAGUUCAUAAACGCAAUGGAGAAACUCGCUCUCAGCAAUCCACCAACCAAUCAACUAGAUGACGAGCCAAGAAAUAACGAGACUAGGCACAAUUGUUGCUUAAGCUUUAAGAAAAAGUAGAGCUGGAACUGAAGAUAGCGGCAACAAAGAUUCAGAAGACACAUUUAUGAUCAUUCUCAAAUGUGAUCAUUUCGGUUUCAACGAGUGUAGUUACAAAGGAGACAAAGGCGAAACCAGUUUUCACCUUUGUAGGUGUUAGCCUCUGUAAACAAAGAAUUUAAUGUAGGAAACGAUUUGGGAAAAUCAUUACUUGUUGAUGAAGCAACCAAAUCAAAGAUCUGAAAUGACUGUUUUUUGUUUUUUGUUUUUCUGUUAUGUAGUUGAAAUUAUAAAUUCCAAAAAAUAAGCCUACUUAA